AACGUGGCGUCCAACGAAGGCAAUAGCAGCGCCGCGGGCAGUGGCGCGGAGUCAGCCGCACUGUUCUCCAAAUUGCGUAGCUUCUCGAUUGGCAGCGGACCCAACUCUCCUCAGCGAGUUGUCUCCAAUUUACGCGGGUUUCUCACCCACCGCCUAAGCAACAUCACACCGAGCGAUACAGGAUGGAAAGAUUCUAUACUGUCCAUACCCAAGAAGUGGCUGUCCACCGCCGAGUCUGUAGACGAAUUUGGAUUCCCUGACACUCUGCCCAAGGUACCUGUCCCACCGCUUGAGCAGACGAUGGAGGACUAUGUGCGGGCAUUGGAGCCCAUUACGACGCCCGCACAGCUGGAGCGCACCAAGGGCAUUAUCAAGCAGUUUACGUCGCCGCAGGGGAUGGGACCACAGCUGCAUCAGUACCUAUUGGACAAGCGCGAGGCCGAGGAUAAUUGGGCGUACUACUACUGGUUGAACGACAUGUACAUGAACAUUCGCAUACCGCUGCCGAUUAAUUCGAAUCCGGGCAUGGUGUUGCCGCCGCAGCGCUUCAGGACUGUGCACGAUGUGGCUCACUUUGCUGCGCGUCUGCUGGACGGAAUUCUGGCGCAUAAGGAGAUGCUGGACAGCGGCGAGUUGCCGCUGGAGCGAGCCGCUUCGCGUGAGAAGCAUCAGCCGCUCUGCAUGGCGCAGUAUUAUCGCCUGUUGGGCUCCUGUCGUCGUCCGGGCAUCGAGCGUGACUCGCAGUACUUGCCGCCACGCGAACUGGACCUCAAUGAGGAUCGCCAUGUGGUGGUCAUCUGUCGCAAUCAGAUGUACUGCGUGGUGCUGCAGGCCAACGAUCGCGGCAAGCUAAGCGAGAGCGAGAUUGCAUCGCAGAUACUUUAUGUGCUGAGCGAUGCGCCUUGUCUGCCCAAGAAGCCGCCGCCCAUUGGGCUGCUGACUGCGGAGCCGCGUGCAGUGUGGGCGCAGGAUCGUCUGAACUUGCAGCAGGAUGCAAACAAUCAGCGUAAUCUGGAGCUGAUUGAGACGGCGCUGGUGGUGCUCUGCCUGGACGAGCCGCUGGGCAUGAACUUUAAUGCGCGUGGCUUCAGCGGCAUGACGCCCACGGUGCAUAAGGCCGGCGAUCGCGAUGAGACGAAUAUGGCGCACGAGAUGAUUCAUGGCGGCGGCAGCGAGUACAAUUCGGCCAAUCGCUGGUUCGACAAGACCAUGCAGCUGAUCAUCUGCACCGACGGCACUUGGGGUCUCUGCUACGAGCACUCCACCUCGGAGGGCAUUGCUGUGGUGCAGCUGCUGGAGAAGAUCUACAAGCAGAUAGUGGAGCAUCCGCUGGAUGACAAUGGGCUGCCCCAGCAUCAUUUGCCGCCACCGGAGCGUCUCGAGUGGCAUGUGGACGCGCGUGUGCAGCAGCGUUUCGGCCAAGCGGCCAAAACUGUGGACAGGGCCAUCGAUGAUUUGGAUUUCCAUGUGUAUCGCUACAACGGCUAUGGCAAGAACUUUGUCAAGUCCUGCCAGGUCAGUCCCGAUGUCUACAUACAGCUGGCCUUGCAGUUGGCCUACUACAAACUCUAUGGCCAACUGGUGGCCACCUAUGAGAGCGCUUCCACCAGACGCUUUUUGCAUGGUCGCGUCGACUGCAUACGCGCAGCUAGCGCUGAGGCUUUGGAGUGGGCCAAGGCCAUGUGCCAAGGUGAGGGCGCCAAUGUAGCGCUGGAGAGCGAUCGCGAGGAGGAUCUGCCGGAUGCGCGCAAAGUCAAGUUUAGCAUUUAUAGCAAGGACCAUCUACGUGAGCUCUUCCGUUGCGCUGUGGCACGCCAGACUGAGGUCAUGGUGAAGAACAUUCUGGGCAGCGGCAUCGAUAUACCCUUGUUGGGCUUGCGUGAGGCCAGCGUGGAGGUGUCUGGGCAGAUGCAUGAGCUCUUCACCGAUGAAGCCUACAAGAUAUCGCAGUGUUUUUUGCUCUCCACCAGUCAGGUUGCCUGCACCACUGACAGCUUCAUGGGCUAUGGACCAGUCACGCCGCGUGGCUAUGGCUGCUCCUAUAAUCCGCAGCCGGAGCAGAUUGUGUUCUGCGUUAGCGCGUUCUUGGCCUGCGGCGAUACAACUGCCUCGCGUUAUGCCAAAUCGUUGCAUGAAUCGCUGGACAUAAUGCACGAUCUCUUGCAGGAUUAAAUGCGGCCGCAGGGCUGCAAACAAAAACGAAACAUAUCAAUAAAUGUACCUUAGCAACAUCCUCAACACUAUGUAUGUAACUAGCAAAAAGCCAACUAGCGUCCACUAUGAUGACGUCAUCAGUUCAACAGACAAUUCAUAUCACAACUCAAACUGCUGAUCAACGUCAAAUUGCUUUAUGCCAACAGUUCCAACUCUAUAUAUAAAUAUAUGUGUCUGUAGUUGUUUAGUAGCUAACUAGUCAAUUAAAUAUUUGAAAGCAAUUGUUAGUGCUGUUAAAUUAAAUGUGUUAAUAUUAUAGUUGUGCUAGAGCUUAAAUCGCAAACUCUAUUGAAAGUUUUAAGUGCAAGCGCUACCUAAUAUAUGGGACGCGACUGUAGCGCCGCCCAAAAGUAUGCAAUACUCUCUGUUAAACUCUUUGUUGUGUUGAAUUAUCUAUUUAUGCAAAAGAAAAAACUGUUAAUCAAUUUAUGAAUGUUAUAGAAGCAAACAAAUGAAUUGCAAAUUUAUAUGCUUUAUGCUUAUUGUUACUGUCAUUUUGUUGCUGUUUUAAAAAAGUUAUAUACAUAUAUAUAUACAAAGCAUA